AGACUUGUGUUCCAGACCCUUCACCAGCUCCAUUGCCCUUGCCUGGAACAGAAGCAGUCCUGCAGUGUCCCAGUGUCUGCCUAAGCAGAAAGCUUCAGGGCCUCUCAUUUCCCACAGAAAUGCAAUAUGGAAUGGGUCGGUGCUGCAUGCAGGCUUCCCACUGUGUCAGGAUCCUGCAGGGGUUUAUAACAACCCCAAGGAGCGGUGGUUCAUGGCAGCCAGCACUAGAUGUGUCAUGCUCCAAGGGCCACUGAGGAAUAAAGCCUUUGGUUUGCACCUUCUGUAUCCAACGACCUGUAACUGCAGCCAGCCUGGGGUCAGGCUCUCCUUCCAGGCAACAAGUGAUAGAGUUAGACGAAGUGGCCUCAAGUUCUCUAAACCAGGAGAGGUUUAGAGUGGAUAUUAGAAUUUUUUUUUUCACUGAAAGGGUUGUGAAGCACUGAAACAAGUUGCCCAGGGGAGUGGUGGAGUCACCAUCCCUGGAAGUAUUCGAGAAACAGGUACGCCUUGCUACAGGGCCCAGACAAAAUAAUGGCAUUUUCUACGAAAUUCGCACAUAUGAUAUUAAGCCAGCAAAGAUGAAGGAGUUUUUGGAAAUGGUCAAGAAGUACUUUCACUUUCGCACAGCUCACUCAGAGCUGGUGGGAUUCUGGUACUCGGAGCUGGGAGCGAUGAACAGGGUGCUCCACAUUUGGAAGUAUGAUAAUUUUGCCCACAGAACAGCAGUCCGGCAUGCACUAGCAAAUGACAAAGACUGGCAGGGAAAAUUCAUCUCUGCAGCUCUCCCCUUGAUGGAGAAGCAGCACAAUGAGGUUGCUUAUCUGGUGCCCUGGUGUCAACUUGGGAAGCCUCCAAAGGAAGGGGGUGUAUAUGAAUGGGUUACUUUCCAGAUGAAGCCUGGUGGGCCAGCAUUGUGGGGUGAAGCAUUUCGAGCUGCAAUCAGUGCUCACAUCAACACAGGAUAUACCAGCCUGAUAGGUGUUUUCCACACAGAAUAUGGAUUACUUAACACAGUUCACGUGUUAUGGUGGAAUGAGAGCCCAGAUCACCGGGCAGCAGGAAGACACCGUGCCCAUGAAGAUGCCAGAGUUGUAGCAGCUGUGCGCGACAGUGUCAGAUUCUUGGAGUCGCAGCAAAAUGUGCUUCUGAUUCCCCUGGAAUGCUCACCGCUGAAGUAAACUUCUUCUAAAGGACAUAACUGAUGGCAGGAGAGACAAGAUGGAAGUGCUGUCAGCAAGUGACAUGGAUCCCCAUACCCUCAUGAGCUGAGCUGUUCUUCAGCUGACAAAAAAUGGAUGCAAAAUACUGAUCCGCUAGCAAUGUAAAUCAGCACAAUUGAUACCAAUUGUUAAACAGAAGUUUAUGGUGAUGUUCCUAUGUCUCCAGGACAAAGAACUCAAGCCAUAUCAUGACAUAAACCGUGCUUCACCAAUCAUCUGUUUUAAUUCCUAAGUUCUUCGUAAUUUUUUGCAUAGCUAGAUCCCUUACCAAACUGAGUAAGUUAAGUGCUCUCGUCCAGCAUUCCAGACAGGGAUGGUAUAAUUUUUGUAAUAUACUUUGAUGAAAAAUCCUUUUUACUUAAUAACAUGUCAUGGUCCAUUUCAGCCUUUUCCUUUAUUGUUCAUUAAACAUUGCCUCAAAACUGUGAGUUAUCCACACAAGUUUUGCCUCAGGUAUUUUAAAACUUGCUGAGGGUGCUGAAUCUGAUUAGUCCUUCUUGUUCAAUUGUGUCGUCAGACUCAUCUGAUUUACAUUCUUUGAAAUACUUUUCGUCAGGCUAGUAAAAGCUAAAUAAAUGAGCAGAAAGCAUUAA